UGUUCCUAAGUUCUCUCUUCUCAAGUUCAAAACCAACAAAAUUCCCAGUCAAACAACAAAGAAAAUCAAUAUUUGCGGUGGAAAUCGGGAUGACCCUUGCAUGGUGGUGCUGCUGCUGACGCCGGUGACCAAGAUCAUGGGUUAGAGAGAGAGAGAGAGUGUUCUGAGAGAGAACUCAGAGAAGAUAGAAAAGAAAGAAGAGAAACGGUGUUUGAUCUGUUAGGGACAAAAUUGUCUUUUGAAGACUAAAAUGGUGGGUUUUGGUAUUAUCAAAAACCUCAGAAUUUGAUAGUGAGGAGGAUAGAUAGGAUGAUAGUAGGUGCUCGUACCCCGCUUAAAAGAUGGCAGCAGGCUGCUGUUGCAGUUGGCUCGGCAGUAGGUGCAUUGCUGAAUCCACGAAGAGCAGAUCUAAUAGCAGCCCUUGGGGAGACUACUGGAAAGCCUUCUUUUGAAAGAGUUCUCGAGAGGAUGAAGAGGAGCCCAGAAGGCAGAGCUGUUUUGUUGGAGCGACCACGUGUGAUAUCUACAGAAGUGGGGCAUGCUUGGGACCUACCACCGAACACAUUUGGUGCUGCCUAUGCAAACUUCAUGGGAUCAAGAAAUUUUUCUCCCGAUGACAGACCACCGGUGCGAUUCAUGGACACAGAUGAACUGGCAUAUGUAGCCAUGCGGGCUCGUGAGGUGCAUGAUUUCUGGCACACCCUUUUUGAUCUCCCUACCAACUUAAUUGGUGAGUCAGCACUCAAGGUGAUAGAGUUUGAGCAAAUGUACCUUCCCAUGUGCAUGCUGUCUGUUGUAGGGGGCACUGCAAGAUUCAAUGAGAAGCAAAGGAAAUUGUUUUUCCAGCACUACUUUCCAUGGGCUCUCCGGGCCGGCCUGCAGUGUACAGAUCUCAUGUGUAUAUAUUAUGAACAGCAUUUUCAUGAGGAUUUGGAGGAUGUUCGGAGGAAAUGGGGGAUACUUCCUGCUCCUGUUCCUCCUACAUAAGACGCAAUCUGAACAACAGCAACUGCACCUAGUUUGGUGGAUAGUUGCUUUGCUGGAUUUUGAGUUUUAUACUACUUCUACUUGUACCAACAGCAACUUAUGCAGAAACGCACCAUGAAACAAACAUAUAUAAUCUGCAUUUUUUUUAUUAGUGAGGCAGACCCUGACCAGAUGUUUAGUAAGACGGAAUAAAACUUUCUGCAUUAGUCAUGCAAAUAAACCAUUUUGAAAGA